UUGUGUGUGAGAGGAAUCUCAUUCCAAAGCUUUGUGGCGGGGAUUCGAACUGGCACCUUUCAGCUCUCUCCAUAUACUUGGAAGUAAAAUCCUAAUGUCCUUUGUGGGGUUUUCUUUAAAGGAGAUAUACAUUGAUGCGAUGCCCCAUCUGUACCUGGCAGAGGUAGGUUUUAAUCCCGCUUUCUCGGUGAUAAGUAGCCGAUUGAAAGGAGAGGGGAAAAAACAACUUUCUCCCAUCCAGGAAAAACACGCCCAACAACUGAUGACUCAGAGAAACGUCUUCUCUACUUGCCAAACCAUUCCUUCUUCCUCGCCCAAUCGUUACAUCUGCGGCGCAAUUAACUUCCGCGAAUUUCCACAGUUCCUCGGCGGGGAAGUUUGGAGCGAGAGGGACGCAAAAAGAGCUGCUUCGCGCCGCGGAGCGCGAUGGGGCAGCUUCAGUGGCGCCUCUGGCUGGUAGGAGCAGCUAUUUUCCUGCUGGGAAACGCUUCUGGCACUUCCUCCCCUUCACACUCUCUGCUCCACUUCCGCUAUGCUAUGCUCCUUGAGGGGUGGCCCCAAUUUGUUGAGGUGACCUACUUGGAUAGCCAGCCUAUUCAACGUUAUGACAGCAGCACAAAAAGAAUGAGGCCUUUAACGCCGUGGAUGAACCAAACAUUGACUGAAGUUUACUGGAACUGGGAGUCUGAUAUAGGAACCUUUUUUCUGAAGGAAACUUUCCUAGAAGAAUUCCGAAACUCCAUUGUUUCACAGAAACAUCACAAUCAGAGCACGGAUUACUCGGAGGAGACAUAUAUGGAUUACCUGGACGAAGAUAGCCUAGAAUUCCAAAACUCAAUUGUUCCACUGAAACAUCACAAUCUGAGCACGGAUCACAUCUUGCAGUGUAUUGAGGGGUGUAAAUUCACAACUAAUGGAGAGGAAAUAGAAAUUCAUCAGGAUGCUGUUGAUGGAAAAGAGAUAGAUGGAGGGGAAUUUCACAAUAAAAGAUUUUACUUGGACGGAAACUGCAUUCAGUGGCUGAAUAGGUACCUGAGCAACAAACCACAAAGGAAAGAGCUUCCAGUAGUGAAAGUGACUCAUCAGGAGGGCAGCAUCAACAACCUUCAAGCCCUCACCUGCCAGGUCUAUGGCUUCUAUCCCAGGGAGAUCAGUGUUAGUUGGAGGAAGGAUGGGGAAAUCUUCAACCAAACCAACAGUGCUGCACACAUUGCCCCAAAUUCAGAUGGGACCUUUUACGCCAGGCUGAGUAUUCAGAUCAAUCCCAAGAAGAGGAAACUCUACAGAUGCCAUGUGGAACAUGUCAGCUCCAGCGAACCCCUGGAUUUUGUCUUGCAGGAAACAGACAUAGAAGCCACCUGGAAGAAGGAUGGAGAGUUUUGGGAUCACGAGAUUUAUCGUGGGGAUACCAUCCGCAAUUGGGACGGGACCUACUGCACCUGGAUUAGUAUUGAAAUUAACCCCAUGGAGGAGGAUCGCUACUGUUGCUAUGUUGGACAUGAUGGCUUGAAGGAACCACUCUGUGUAAAAGCUUUAAAAUUAGAAAUCCCAAAUGAGGAAAAUCUAAUAUUCAUCCUUUACUAUACCAUACCAGUCCUUGGCAUCCUGAUCCUUGGAAUCAUUGGAAUUUUGUGCUACAAGAAGUGUCGACGACGUGACUACAGAGCAGCUGCAAAGAGUGACCCCAAUUCCAGCAUGGAUAAUCCUGAAAGAUCCCCACUAAAAGAGACAGAAGGAAUCCCACCUCUCAACAACACUGCUGGUGAAGAAAGCAAGGGAGACUUUCCACCUUCUCAGGGCAUCGGAGAGAAAAAACAGUCUCCUGAGAACCAUCAAAUAAGCGUCUAACUCUCAGAAUGGAAAAGAAUUGGAUCAAAUUUGAUGUGGUUUGAGAAGCUCUCAAAAGGAAGGUCGAGUGCUAAAACGGACUCAAACCGGCACAAGAAAAAAAAAGCAUUUCAGAAGAAAUUCCCCCAAGGGACAAAGCUUUUAUUUCAAGUUCUGUGAGACUGGGCUGUCUCACAUGGAGCUUCAAGGACUAGGUCAGUGGUUCUCAACCUUUUUAAUGCCGCGACCCCAACCGGUCGUAAGUCGAGGACUACCCAACCAGUUGUAAGUUGAGGACUUUCCCUGCCCAGGAGCGCCGCGCAUGUGUGGUGCUG